GUUGCCUCGGAUUGGAUGAGCGGACUCAACGUACUUUAAGUCUAGGGAGGAGUUUGGCUCAAGUCGAAACUUCCGAGGGCGAUGUCAGAAAGUGGCGACGGAGCCUCGAGCCACGGUGGCUCCAGCCGGGGCACCGGCACGGGGACCUCCAGUGGUGGAGGGAGCGAAACCAGCUCGCAGCGAGCGGACGCGAAGUUUCUAAAGCGAAGGCUCGGUGACCAGCAGCAUGGCGAUGAAACGGAUCUGCUGGAACAGAAGCGGAACAUCCAGGAGGGCGUGUUCGCAUGCAUGUACACCCUUGUCAAGCAAAAUGUAAUGCCCCAUUGGAAAUGGUCGGUGCUACGGACCACGCUCGAGUUCCUGAUGAACUUUCUCGUGGCGUUCAAUACGACUUUCAGCCUGUGGCGGAUCGACCACACGAACCCAAUUUGGCAGUUCGUUCGCUGGACGCUGUGGCGUGUGCCUAUCGUGCGAUUGUACGGCUACGACACGUACAUCAAGGUUCUUUACGUGAUGGUGUCGCUGGUUUGGAUCAGCGUGGUGGGGCUGGUGUGGCUGACAUUUGCCAUGCGCAAGUCGGAGCAGUCCAAGUGGUUGCGCACGGCGGCGAUGCUGCUGCACGUCAUUUACGACGUCAUCUACGUGAUGUGCUAUGUGGCGUUUUUUGAUUACCUCAUCUACACGGCUGACUGUGACUUCGGAAAGACGGGGAUGCACAUGUGGUUCACCGACGUCUCCUGCGUCGGCAUGCCGCACCUUGUACACAUGAUGGUGGCCAUGGCCACGGGCGUGGUGUUCCUGGCCGUGACCUGCCUGUUCGUGAUCGCCUCCUGCGAUCUCAACCCCGCCUCGCACGGCGUCAUGGCGUCGCCCGCCGCCUACACGCGUCUGCGCAUCCUGGCGGCCAAGGCGAUCUUCAUCACACUUGCUGCCGACCUGGACGCCUACCCCCGCGUCCAGGCGAUGGGCAUGCUGGCGGCAGCAGGCCUGGUGUGGUGGUGGAACACACGCAAGACCCCCUUUUACCGCCAGACUGUGAACGUUAUCUGGUCGGGCCUCUGGGCGGGCAUCAUGGUGCCGUGUGUGGUGCUGGUCAUAAGCGCGUUGGCCAAGCACCCAUCAGAAGCCUUCCUCAAGCAUAACACGGAGACGGUGUUGUACGCGCUGUUCCCGGUGAUUGCCGGCGGCAUGGCCCUGGCGGCGCUGCACAUGUGGGCCGUCAUGCGGCCGGCCGCCAAGUUCAAGGACCUGCCGCCCAGCGUAAAGCUUCAGAAGGUGCACAAGUUUGAGUCCAUGGAGGAGGUGGAGCGGCUGGCGCGUGUGAUGCGGCACUACGACAACGACGGUGACGUGGUGCCAGCGGCGGCGCUGCACGGCGAGACAAUCAUCAGGGCCGGCCAGACGUACUUCCCAAACUCGCCCUUCCUGCUGCUCCUCUACGCCAACUUCGUGCUGGAGGUGAAGCGGGACGGCCCGGCGGCCCGCACGCAGCUGCAGCUGGCGGGCAAGCAGAACCCCAACAUCGUCGAGCGCUAUCAGAUUUUCUGCACCAACGAGACCUCCAAGCGCCUUAAGGACAGCCAGGACGGCGGCAUGGACCUGCAGGCCUACAUCGAGUUCAAGCGCAACUUCAGGGCCGUGCUGCGUGUGCACAAGGACGCGCUGUUGACGCAGGCGGAGCUGUGGGCCAUGAUGAUGCGGUCCAACGUCAAGGUGUCGCAGAUCGACGCCGCCAUGGAGACACUGGAGGCAUCCGUCACCCGCGCUCACCAGGUGUACAAGCGUGUCCUGGAGCGCUACCCCGGCAACGGCAAGCUGCUGCGCUGCUACGGCAAGUUCCUGGAGACCGUGCGGCACGACCACAUCGCGGCGUCGCGCGUGUACGGCGAGGCCAACCGCCAGGGCGGCGCGGACGCGCUGCUGUCGCUUGACAUCAACAGCGGCCUUGCGAGCGGCAAGCCCGACUUUCUGACGUCCAUGUCCAUGGAGGACGACGCCGUGAUUGUGGUGGACGCCGAGGGCACCAUCAUGAUGGUCAGCCAGGCGGUGCAGAAGACCUUUGGCUACGCCAAGAUUGAGCUCGAGGGCACCAACGUCUCCGCCCUCAUGCCGCAGCCCUUCAGCCAGCGCCACCCAGGCUACAUGCAGCGCUAUGUCGGCGGCGGAGAGCCACACAUGCUGGACAGUGUGCGCGAAGUGGUGGCCCUACACAAGGAGCGCUACGUGUUUCCCGUGCAGCUAUGCGUGACCAAGCUGAGUGGCAGCGGCAGCGACAGCAUCUUCCUGGGCGUGAUUCGGCCGCUGCCACCCAACCCGCACGUGAUGCGCGCCUGGCUCAGCCCCAACGGCACCUUCCUUUGCGCCGACCAGCAGUUCGCCUCGGCGGUGGGGCGCAGCGAGGGCGAGCUGGUGGGCCAUGCGUUGCUGGCUCUAGCGGUCUCGGCGGAGGCGGUGGAGGCCCUGCUGGAGCGCUGCAAGGCCGCCACCGCCGCGGAGCUGGAGGGCGGCGAGGUGGUGGUGUCGGCGCUUGAGCUGGUGCACCGCUACCUGCCGGAGCCGCUGGCGCUGGAGGUGGCGGUGGGACUGGCAGGCACGGACGGCCAGCGCAUUCUAGUACUGAACUGCAAGCGCUUGGACGGCGAGGAGGCGGGCGUGCUGGUGACAGACACGCACAUGCGCCUCAAGUUUGCCAGCCUGGAGGUGGCGAUGCUACUGGGCUACUCGAUGCGGCAGAUGGCAAGCGGCAUGAAGCUGGACGCGCUGCUGCCGCCGCCCUUCAACACGCUGCACCAGCGAUGGGUCAAGGACGUGCCUCAGGAGGUGAAGCCCGGCUCCUGCCGCUCGGGCGUGGUGGUGCACUUCCUGGCGGAGACGGGCGCGCAGGUGCCUGUGCGGCUGGCGGUGCACACCAAGCAGGUGGACGUGCAGGGCGCGCCGCCCGUCACCAUGCACGUCGUCAAGGUGACCAAGGUGACGGCUGAGGAGGUGCUGGCGGAGAAGCGCAUCACGCUGACGCUGGACUUUGCCGGCCGCGUCACGGAGGCUGCCCCGCUGGACUCCACCUUGUUCAACUUCCCCGCGCGCGAGCUGCUGGGAGUGGGCGUGUGGGACUUCUGCGACAUGUUUGCUGAGUGGUGCGAGCGCAGCGGUGACACGCAGGUGCAGCUGAUGCUUCUGGCGCUGCUGCUCAAGGAGCAGGAGAUGCCGGGCACCUCGCUGCGCGUUAAAAUCAACAAGCCCAAGAGCAAGGAGGAGCAGCAGCAGGCGGAGCUGCCGCCGCUGCCGGGGCAGCAGGCGCGUGCCCGCAAGCCACCGCCGGCCGUCAUGGCGUGCCUGCAGGUGGAGCUGGAGGAGGAGGCUGAGGCGGCAGAGACCGAAAACGCCGACACCGCUGGCAUGCGCGUGCGUCUGACGCUGUGGCGGCGCGACGUGCUGUCGGGGGUGGUGGAGCUGGACGAAGCGCUGACGCUGCGCCGCGUGUCGCCACUGCUGGGCCUCAUCACCGGCGUGCCCUCCUCCGUCAUGAUGCGGAAGCCCCUCAGCACGUACCUGAACCUUCCGCCUGACGUGACGACGUGGGAACAGCUGGUGGCUGCCACGGCCGGCGCCGCGCACGGCCACCACCGCAACCAGAGGAGCAGCCUCAAAACCGCCGUGGACAAGGGCGUGGUGUCGCCCACGCUGGCGCUGGUGGGGCCGCACCCGGACAGCGGCACUAUGCGGCUGCUGGUGCAGGGCGUUCAAACGCUGAACCCCAGCGGGCGGCCAAAGGUCACGCUGACGGUGCACCCCGACACGGCGUUCACCGGCGCUCACGUGGAUUUCAUGAAGCUGCUAAAGCUGGACAACGCCGGCGGCAGCGUGGUGGCCGGGACGGAGAGCGUCAAGCCCGGUCGCAGCGUGGCGGGCGAUGGCGACAACGAUGAUGCACAGUCAUACGCCGCGGCGAGGCGGGUGGCUGGGGGAGGCAAGUCACGGCGCGUCCUGGCCGCGUCACGUUCCGCCCGGGCGUCGUCGCCGACCGGCCAGCAGGAGGAGCCGGCGCGCAACGAGGAGGCCGGCGGCGGCGAAAAGGCGCGUGAGCCCGACGCUGCUGGCGGCGACACAGGCGAGGACGUGGAUGACGAUGGGCACGAGUCGGGCUCGGCCAAGAGCAGCAGCGCGACGGAUGAGGAUGAGGAUGAGGCAGAGGAGCCGAAGGCCGACGGGACCGACGCUGCAAUCCUACACCGCCAGGCCACCAACAAGUCGGACUUCGUGGCGCAGUGGGUGCGCACGCUGUCCAAGCAGGUCUCGGGCAAGUCCCUGCUGCCCGACCUGGCCGGCAGCAACCCCAAGCGUCUGACCUCGCCGCGCGCCACGUCCACGCUCCUGGCCGCCAUCCCGGAAGCUGCCGAGGCCGGCGAGGACGCUGCGGCUGCGAGCGCCAAGUUCGCAGCUCGGAGUGGCAGCGCGACGCGUCACGGCGACUUGCCGGCGCUCAUGGGUGAUGCCGCGGGGGCGGCAGCGACUGGCGGCCGUGAGCUGGCGGCUUCUUCCUCGCCGCCGGGUGGCAAGGGCAAAGGCAAGGGCAAGGGCAAAAAGGGACCGGCGGAGGACGACGAAUCAAGCUCGGGCGGCGACGAUGACGGGGAGGGCAAGGGCAAGGGCAAGGACGACCGGAGCGAGAACGGCAGCGAGGCCGAGUCAAGCGCGAGCGGCUCGCAGGCUGCCAGCGCCAUUUCAGGUCUGACGGACCAGUCUGCCGCCACGACGGAGGUCAUGGUGGACGCGCGGCGGGGCCGUCUGCUCAAGGCCAUGAACAGGCUACUGCUUGGGCCAUCGCUCAUGUCCCACAUCAAUCGGCUGCGCACACACGCGUACGGCAUCAUCGCCGCCAUGUUCCUCAUGCACAUCAUCUCGUACGUCCUUAUCACCUACCUUAUCAAGCUGGAGCACAGGAACAUCUACAUGGUCCAGAACCAGGCCAACACUAUGGACAGGUCUCAGCUGGUCGCAACCCGCGUGAUGAUCGGGACCUUCUGCGCUCGCGCAAACGUGACACCCGUGUCAGUUUGUGCCGACAGCAUGAACCACACGGUCACGCGCAUGGUCACUAACCUGCUGCUCAUGGAGGAGUACCAUCAGCAUGUGUACCUAGGUGGUUCGGACAGCACGACCGUGAAGCUGUCACCGGAGGUGUACAACGUCUGGACCAAGCCCCAGCUCGUCUACCAGGUCUUCUUGGACACGCACCCGCCGAGCGUUCAGAACCACACCGCGGGCGCGUGGGAGCUGGGCAACCGCUUCAUCGCCGCGGCGCGGGAGGCCAUGUACAUGAUGCCCGCGCAGAAGGACAAGUACAGGUACCACCGCAACUACGCGUUCGUCGUCCACAACGGCCUGGGCCCGCUGUUCGAGGGCUACGCCGCGGCGCUGGACCUGCUGGUGUCGAGCGCGUGGGACUCCAUCCUACACCUGCGCAGCGAGCUGCUCAUCCUGCUCAUCGUGGAGGCGCUCGUGGUGCAGCUGGCCUGCAGCGGCUACCAGAUGCUCCUGGUCCAGCGGCUGGAGCGGGCUCGCCUGCUGGGCAUGCUAGCCAUGCUGGGCCUGCCGGGCCCCGUGCUGCGCCAGCUGGCCACCACCGAGAUCAAGAUCAUUGAUGGUAGUGACGACGAGGAUGAAGACGAUAUCAGCGACGUGGGCGGGGAUGAAGACGAGGCUAAGAAGGCGGCCGCGGCGGCACACUCGCACGCGGCCGAUGGCCGGCGCGCCAGCACCACGGGCAUGGAGGCUUCCCCGGCGACACCCGCAAUUGCUGCGGCCGCCAAUGGUACGUCUGAACCUGACGCUGCCAAGCGCGUCAUCCGCCGUGUGACCACGCCGCCUGAGGAAGAUGACCUGAAGGUGCUGCAGCAGAGGUCACACGAGGAGCAGCAGCAGCAGCUGCUGGACUCGGCUGAGGCGGCGGCGGUGGGCGCGGCGGCGGAGGUGGCGGCAGGCUACGGCCAGCCAGAGGGCCGCAACUCGGGGAGCUUCAAGCAGGGCGGAGGGCUGGUCAAGCCCAUGCAGCUGAACGGCUCCAAGAAAGCGCGGGAGGCCUCGCAUCAUCACGGCCACAAGAAGCACAACCCGCUGCGCAUCAACGGCAAGACCCUGCAACCCUCGUACCUCAGCGUCCUAAAGUUCAUGGCGCCCAUGUUCUUGUGGAACCUGGCGGUGGUAAUCGUGUACGCCAUCUCCAUUGCAAAGCUGCAAGGCAUGCAGGAGCCGCUGGCCUCGCUCAACCUGGCGGGCCACAUCAUCUACCGCUACACACGCAUCCGCGCCAUGGCCUUCGCCUUCGUGUCACAGGACGACUCUGUGGGCAAGGCGCUGUGGCGGCCGAUGCUGGUGCACGAGCUGGACCUGUUCGAGAGCGAGUACGACGCCCUGAUGUACGGCGGCCUGCCCACGUCCAUGAUCGGGUCGAGGUUCCAGCACGUCGCGCCGGCGGGCACCUUCGCCUCCACCACCUUCGCGCUCAUGUUCUUCCGGACCAAGGGCUGCCUGCGCUUGGACCCCACCACGUGCUUUCCGCCCGGCCACCAGUACUACGAUGUCACACACAACGGCCUUGAUACGUUGGUGAGACGCAUGAUCAGCGAGAUGCGGCUGUUGACCCAGGACGACGACGUAGACGUGGCCUACAACGGCACCAGGUACACGUUCAUGGCGGCGGUGGCGGGCGCGGACCUGUACGAGGGGCUGCAGCAGGGCGCGCAGCUGUUUGUGGACUGGAGCAUCUCCCGCUACAACCAGGUCGCCAACCUGCAGACGAUCCUGCUGCUGGUGUCCAUCGGCCUGGUGUGCGGCUACUUCAUUCUAGUGCUGUGGCCGCACACGCGCAAACUGCAACGCGACGCCACGCGCCAGGCGGCUCUGUUGAGCCUGGUGCCGCCGGAGCUGGAUGUGAAGAGCCACACGCGCGCCGUGAUCCGGCGCUCGACCGCACCAGGCGGAAGCAAGGGCGCCAAGAUGUAACAAUGAUGACGUACUUUGGAUGGAUGCAAGGGCAGGGCGGGGCGGCGGGGCGCAAAAUGUGGGUCGCGAAGUGGUGGCGUCCGGAGCAAUAAAUGUACGGCAGGCCGCAGAAAGUACCACAAUGCAUGACAUCAAGCUGAUAAGACUGCGGAUUGCGACAAGGAAAUACGCUGUGAAGAGCGGUAGAACCGAAGGAGGGCAAGGUGGCCUGGCGGCUGUGUGGCCCUGGGCCCAGCGGCAGUGGCGGCGCGCAUGUUCGGAGCAGAGGGGGCGGACAAGGCCACGUGGAGGAGGACAGCGCGGCGCCGCCUUCAAAGCGGCGCCGGCGCGCAGGUUGAGACCUGCCGGUGUUGUCUGGUUAGCGACCUGUGCUGACGAGGAUGGCGUAGCGGGCAGUCAGCUGCAGCGGCAGGGGUGUUUUCCUUGCUGUCUGGUUGGCCUGCUGCCUGCUGCACUAGUGCUUGAUAGCUGGGCGCGACUGGGCACAUAUGGCGGGCGGUGCCUGUACAAACCGACCCCGGCUAUGUCCGGGAGAUGAGGCUAGUAUCGGAACCUUCGGCCUCAGACGGAGGACGUGGCGUGGCGGCACAGCCCACUUUUCCCUUGCAAGGGAGAGCCACCUUUUCUUGUCAUACUGCCAUACCAACGUAAAUUACUAUACCAACGUAAUUACGAUGACGCUGGAACGCUUAGAGCGAGGUGGUGGCGGUGAAGUUGGGCUCAUAUACUUUUUGGACUGCUAUACUUAUGUUGAGGAGUGCGUGUCUAGCGUGUCUAGUCGGAGCACGUACGGAUGGCAUGAAGGACCAGAAGCACACAACAAUUGGUAGUACCUGUGCGAGUUCUUGCUGAUACGGUGAUGGCGUUUGGAAGUCGGCAUGCUUGGGAGCCGCAAAUAGAGUGGGCAAGUGCAGCGUGCUCUGCGAUGUCGGCACAGCUGGCACACCGGCCUUGGAACACCGUGACCCAUUACACUGUAAGUCUAGCCGGAU